GCAUAAUCACUAGACUCCUAUAAAACCACGUGAUCAAUAUUAGAUGCUUCUCUCUUCUGAGUUGUGGAAGUUCUUGUGAGCUGUUGUUAGUCCACAAUGGGCAAAGAAAAACUUCAUAUUAACAUAGUUGUCAUCGGACAUGUAGACUCUGGCAAAUCUACUACCACUGGUCACCUUAUCUACAAAUGUGGUGGUAUUGAUAAGAGAACUAUUGAGAAGUUUGAGAAGGAAGCAGCCGAGCUUGGCAAAGGAUCCUUCAAGUAUGCCUGGGUCUUGGACAAACUGAAAGCUGAGCGGGAACGUGGUAUUACAAUAGAUAUCACCCUGUGGAAGUUUGAAACUCCAAGGUACUACAUUACUGUUAUUGAUGCUCCCGGACAUCGUGAUUUUAUCAAGAACAUGAUCACUGGGACAUCCCAGGCUGACUGUGCUGUAUUAAUUGUGGCUGCUGGAACUGGUGAGUUUGAAGCUGGCAUCUCCAAAAAUGGACAAACCAGAGAACAUGCCCUACUGGCAUAUACGUUAGGUGUGAAACAGAUGAUUGUUGGAGUCAACAAGAUGGACACCACAGAACCCCCAUAUAGUGAGAAACGUUUUGAAGAAAUCCGGAAGGAAGUUAGUGCCUACAUCAAGAAAAUAGGUUACAAUCCUGCUGGUGUUGCUUUUGUUCCAAUCUCUGGAUGGAAUGGUGACAAUAUGCUGGAGCCAAGCCCCCACACUGCAUGGUUUAAGGGGUUUAAAAUUGAACGCAAGGGUCAAUCACAAGAAGGAAAAACUCUCUUGGGUGCUUUGGACUGUAUUGAGCCACCAUCUCGUCCUACUGACAAGCCUCUCCGCCUUCCUCUUCAGGAUGUGUACAAAAUUGGUGGUAUUGGGACUGUUCCAGUAGGUAGAGUUGAAACUGGUGUUAUGAAGCCUGGCAUGGUGGUUACCUUUGCUCCUGUCAUGCUUACAACUGAAGUCAAGUCUGUAGAAAUGCAUCACGAAGCCCUCACUGAGGCUCUUCCAGGUGACAAUGUUGGAUUCAAUGUUAAGAAUGUUUCCGUUAAGGAAUUGCGUCGUGGAUACGUAGCUGGAGAUAGUAAAAAUGACCCUCCUAAUGCAACGGCAGAUUUCACAGCUCAGGUGAUCAUCCUGAACCACCCUGGUCAAAUCACCAAUGGAUAUGCACCAGUUCUGGAUUGCCACACAGCUCAUAUUGCUUGUAAAUUCAAGGAAAUUAAGGAAAAGUGUGACAGACGUACUGGAAAGAAGCUUGAAGAUAAUCCAAAGUUUAUAAAAUCUGGUGAUGCUGCAAUUAUUGAGCUGGUUCCAUCUAAGCCUAUGUGUGUGGAGACUUUCACCAACUAUCCUCCUUUGGGUCGUUUUGCUGUCCGUGAUAUGCGACAGACUGUAGCUGUUGGUGUGAUAAAGGGAAAAAAUAACAAAGAUAUAUCUAGUAAAGUGACCAAGGCUGCAGAAAAGGCUUCUAAAAAGAAAUAACUAGAAACCUUGAAUGUACUACCACUGAAUGGCGAGGAUACAGAACUGUUUACAGAAUAUAACAUAACUACUGGAAUUGGUCUUUAUUUAAGCUGCUACAAGGAGUGUAAAAAGUAUUUAAGUUUUGUCUGUAAGAUCAGAAUAUAUUUAUUUCGUGUUAUUUUGUUGUUUUUGCAUGUUUGGUUGCUUUGCCACAAAUUUCAUAGAAAAGAAUUUAGGAGAAAAGAAUUAUGAAUAAUCUUGUAUUGAUAUUGUAAGUCACUGGUGUAAAAUUUGUGUUAAAUAAAGUCAGUUUAACCUAUGCUUAAAAAAA